ACAAACAUGGACGCUUUCAUCAAAUGUUUGCUGUUCCUGUCGAUGCUUUCAAUAACAUCAGCACUACUGCAAAAUGAUAUUGGUGUGCAUUGUACAUUUCCGCCAUCAUGGCAAAGCAAGGUUUUCUUUGAAUCUGGUGAGGUGCUCAUGUCGAUACCAGAAGUGAUGAACGGUACUGGGACGUAUUACUACGACUAUCCCAGUCAACAGAUGAGAUUUGACCUCAAACUCCAGGCAUCACUAGGCAACGUGCGGCUCUCAAAUACCUAUAUCUGGCAUUUCAAUGAGAGUACAGUAUACACCAUUGAUUACGACAACCACACCUGUACCAAGGAAAAGGAUAGCGACUACAUAUGGAACCCAUGGAAUGGUGUGCCAUUGGACGCCCACUCGGACUGGCAUGGUGGUGUAGGGGACUUUCAGCAGAUCACAGAACACUUCACAUUGAUCAGGAAGGAACUGUACGCUGACGUCAUCCUAACACUAGACGUUAACGUAGGAAAUGUCUGUCCACCUAUUCGUUAUAACAUCCAAGACGAAGACACCGAUCGCGCGAGUGGACUGAUAGUCAACUACGAAUUCGUGGACCCACAAGAUCUUUCAGACCGCAGUGUUUUCAUCCUGCCUUCGUUUUGUGCGAAUGCCAAAUCGUCACAGCACAACCCAAUGGGAAGAAGAGCAUUGUCUCCGCGGUUCCAUCGGCUCUUCAUGGGAUAGAAAUGAAGCCAUGAGACUUUGUUUAGAAAAGAAGAAAUUAGAAAUGGUUACGAGCAUGUAUAAGAGUAGUUAUAAUACAUUACGUUUGUAAUCCAAAGUGUGUUGAAUUACAAGUAAUGAAGAGGGUAUUCUUAAUAUAUAUGAUAAAAACUUUCUGAGAUUAUGAACUUGCGAAGGUGCUCAUGUCAAAGUAUCGGCUAAUCUAAAACCAAUAAUGUAGUUAAUGCACCUAUUAUGUCUACAAUAUCAUAACAGAUGAUUUACGUAAACGGGAUGGUUCAUUAUAAGAUAAUUUUGUAAUAUUGUUUUUCAAGUGCUCGUUUUGCUAGUCUGUGUGGUGUGAUAAACAUCCUAGAACGUCGUAGACUGUUAACCACCCACGAAAGUAAACGUAUUCAAACAGUUAUAUUCCAUACUGUGACGGUGUGAUAUCAACAGUUAUUUAUAUAGAACUAGUUGUUAGCUGAAGGCUGAGUAUCAAAAUCUAUGAAGGAUUUAACCAAUACUUCUGUUUGUGUAUUUUUUUAUAAUGGUGGCGGUCAAAAUAGUUUGUUCAACUCUAGCUUGUUCAACUCUAGCAUGUUCAACUCUAGCUUGCAACUAAAUCCUGAAAUACCUGUAUAGCGCUUUGUGUACUAGUGUGUUGAUUCAAACGGACGUAUGAUGAUAUAAAU